AUGGUGCUGUAGCCUUGUGAACACUCGGAGUUCGGAGGGAACUUGAAUCAUUGGCUUCAGGCCAAAGAUGAUCUCAUUGUUGAAGUUUAGUGACAGAGUUUCGUCGGCGGGGAAGACGAAACGGAUCAGUAGUGACAGCAAAAAGUUCCUGGAGACGUUUGAUCGGACUUCCAGUGAGGUUAACGAGCGCCUGACUUGUUCAAGCGGAACGGAUCUCGAGAGAUCCGCGAGCUUCUGGGAGAAUCCCAUCAGGCCCAGCGAGGGCGGCGACGAUGAGCAAGAAGAAAUGCGAGUCCGUUUCGAAGCCGAGGGCUUUCGAUCGGAAGAACUCACGGAUGCCAAGAAACUACUGCACGUUUGGAGAUGGCUGGUCGAUUCGGAAACGAAUUGCACGUCGUUGCGGAACCAACUCGAUAAGCUCCAUAAGCAGCAGAGCGCCGAGAUGAAGGAAGUGGAAUCCUACAUCGAACACAUCCAAUCGCUGUUCGAAGAGAAGGUUUCACGGGUCCAAUUCGAUAACCGGGCUUUGCGCCGCGAACUGGAGCAAAAAGUUCCGUCGGAUCUGACCGUCUCAGAGAUCCGGCGACUGCUGCAACAAGAGGGUCUCGCAGACAGCUCCACUCCGAUGACACUGGCGGAACAAGUGGCAUUUGUUCUUACCGAGAGAACGCGUCUCAAAGAAGAGCUCGAUCGUCAGCGGGAGCGAGAAUUGCGGCUCGAGGAAAACCGAAAACUCUACAACAACCUACCCGAGUCGAUGAAAUUGUCCGCGACCACCUCGACGGCCGACGACAACAAUUUCUCCGACGACGACCCGAGCAGCGACGAGGGCGAUUACGCGAGGAUCCGGAGUCCACCACCGUCGCCCCCGAGAAGACAGUCGAGAAUCGACUCCAAGCGCCAAACCGACGAUUCUGUGAAACGCAACAUUCGCGACCCUGGAAACAUCAAACCGAUGAUCGCUGAUAAGCAGUGGAUCAAGAAUCUGUUGCAAGACGGUCCUCGAACACCGACUUCUCCCAGCAACGCGAACUCCUCAGGGGACGAACAGAACGCCAACAACAGGCUCCACAGCCGUAUCGAGACGUUGACGGAUAAACUUGUGCAUAUGGAGAAAGCCAAUCGCCAGCUGGAACUCGAUAAUGAGACCCUCGGCUUCAAACUGUCAGAAGCCAUGGUCCAAUGUGAUGAACUCGAACAACGACUUCGUCUCGCAAAGGAGCACUCGACUAGCGACAAGAGUGGUGCUGGAUCUCGAUCGCAGCCGGAGUCUCCCGUCAAGCAGUCAUUCAUGCAGACGCUCGACAACAGGAUCACCUCCUCCGACGUCGGACUGAUGGGGCACUGCAAGAAACUCCACAAGGAGGUCGUGUCUCUCCAGGAUCAGCUGUAUCAGACAAGCCAGAAACUCGAAGCGAUGACCCUGAAGUAUCAGGACAAGAAAAUCCGACAACAGGAGAAAAUUCACUCGCUGAGAGAACAGCAUCGCGCUGAGAUCGCAAGGCUCAUCGAGAGAAUCGAAGGACUGCAAACUGAAGUCAAGUCGCUCCAGGAUGAGAAAAAGAAUCUCUUGAAAAGUCUCCUGGAACGAGAGGAGGGACUCGUGACUCGAGCGCCGGACUCGGCUCCGAAAAGCUCCGCGGACCGGCUCACCGAAACCGUCCCCACUCGGCUGUAGACAGCAUGGCUAUAAUUCUCCAUCCAGACAUUUGCAUUAUCGACUUUCUUCGGUGACGAACACGACGGAAGGGAGAUCGACGGUCCAGGAGGCCGUUGUUCCGCACAAAGCAAAAUCACAUCGGCUCCAGUCGGCGACGGCAUAUUCGAUGAUAGAUCCAGGGAGCGGAUCCCCGGGAGGCUCUCAGUCCCUCUGUCAGGAGGUCGAUUCUAUUCGCAGCUCAAGACUCCCUACCGGAUCAUGGCAAGCAGGAACGCGAUAUCGAAUCGACCGUUGCGUGAGACGUCGAGGGAAUCAAAAUCUUAUUGUGAAUCCGCACCGAUUCAGGAAUUAUUGCCAGCGGACCUCCUCUUAGUCAAGUGCCCGAGGCACAAGGCGUCUCCGACGCUGUGGUUCUGCCAAAAAAAUGAAAAAGUCCAUGUGUUCGUCCAUUUUGAAUGUUUGAUCCCGCGUGAUUCAUACCGAAGCGACGACAAAGGUAUGAACGAUUCCAGCUGUCUUGAAGGACAGCACAUUUGUCGAAUCGAGUCAAUCAUCUCACAUCGAGAGAUUCCCAUUGUACAUACAAUCAGUCGGAAGAGUCAUCAACCUUAGCUUAGAGAUAGGGAAGCGAAGGCGAGGUUCGCAGCGCUCGGAUCAUCCUUACAAAGAUGCACACGUCCGCGGCUCGCCGGUUCUUCCGGCAGAAGUAUCAAUCGUUGUGUAAUUCGCGAUGCAAGGCGGACGAGAGGCUGGAACUCACCUCCCAUCAAACCAUUGCUGUGUUGAGUUGAAUUUCGAUAGAUUUUCAUUCAUUCACACCGUCCAGAGGAGCUUCAGAAGUUCGUUCGUCGGCCCAUCAAAUCUGUUCCCGGGUCCGAUUCUGGCCCAUCUCAAGACAGAAAAUGGUGGUCGCUGUGAAGCUUUUUGAGGGAUGACGGAGCCAAAGGGGCGAUUAUGGGCCGAGCGAAGCGUUCUGAAGCGUACAUCAAUUCGUCCAGAGGAGUCAUGGUGUUCGGCAGGAUCCCACGGAGUUUUCCACGCGAAUUUGUUUUCGUGAUAGGGAUGGAAUCUCGAAGAUUCCGCGACCGAACCUCGACUCCUCGACCUCUUUCGGCAUCGGCAGCUGAUGCGCAUUAUUAUUUAUAGGCAGGCAUACACUUGCAUACAUCCCAUGCGUCAACUCCUUCAUCAUCAACAUUUGUUAGGGAAUGUAUGAACGCGCUGACAUGAAGAAGCGUGCAGGAGAGUCGCUUAUGUGAAUUGAUUGCAGCUUCAUGUAUUUGACUAGAUACCCAAUAAAUGUCUCGAGGCUCCCAUGGCUCA